GGCAAGUCGUAGCUGUCGGUGUCGCCGCAUGACGAUCGACUCGGAGGUGCUUGCGCAGUGAUUCAUUCGUUCGGCGGUGACAAUGGCGGCAGACCUCGAGCAGUUCCAACAGCUUUUAAACACACUCCUAAGCACCGACAACGAUGUCCGGACGCAAGCCGAGGAAGCGUAUAAUAGCCUACCAGUGGAGAACAAGGUGACAUUCCUGCUCGGCUCGAUCUGCAAUGCUACGCUCGCCGAGGAAAUGCGUGCAAUGGCGGCGGUCCUACUACGAAGAUUGUUUUCUUCAGAGUUUAUGGAUUUUUAUCCUAAAAUUCCGCCAGAAGCUCAAGUUCAGCUGAAGGAGAGAAUCUUACUUUCCGUUCAAACGGAACAAGCCGAUACAAUCAGACGCAAGGUAUGCGAAGUUGCUGCCGAAGUUGCACGAAAUCUUAUCGAUGACGAUGGCAACAAUCAGUGGCCAGAAUUCCUUCAGUUCCUAUUCCAGUGCGCCAAUGGGCCAGUCCCUGCCCUCAAAGAGAGUGCUCUCCGCAUGUUCACAUCUGUACCUGGUGUCUUUGGAAACCAGCAAGCCCAUUAUUUGGAUCUAAUAAAGCAGAUGUUACAGCAGUCUGUGCUGGAUGCAACGAAUUACGAAGUGAGAUUUCAGGCAGUACGGGCAAUCGGCGCCUUCAUCAUGCUGCAUGAGAAGGAGACCAAUAUCCAGAAACAUUUCUCGGAGCUGCUGCCAGCAGUGGUCCAGGUGAUGGCGCAGUCAGUCGAGAAGCAAGAUGAUGAAUUUUUGCUCAAGGUUCUUAUCGACCUGGCAGAGUCGACGCCAAAGUUCCUGCGACCCCAGUUGGAAAACAUUAUGGAGAUGUGCAUGAAGAUAUUCUCUAACGAAGAGAUGGGAGACUCCUGGCGACAGCUAGCACUUGAAGUCUUGGUCACACUGGCAGAAACAGCACCAGCCAUGGUGCGCAAAGUUGGAGGUAAAUAUAUCGCCGCUCUGGUGCCGCUCGUGCUCAAGAUGAUGACCGAUCUCGAGGAAGAUGAGGAGUGGAGCUUCUCUGAUGAGAUUAUCGAAGAAGACAACGAUAGCAAUAACGUCGUUGCUGAGAGCGCCUUAGACAGACUGGCAUGUGGCCUUGGCGGCAAGACGAUGCUGCCACAAAUUGUACAGAACAUUCCAACGAUGCUUAGCAACACAGACUGGAAAUACAGACACGCAGCUCUGAUGGCCAUAUCGGCAGUCGGCGAAGGUUGCCAUAAGCAGAUGGAGGCCAUACUACCUCAGAUCAUGGAUGGAGUCAUACAAUAUCUUCAGGACCCACAUCCACGCGUCCGUUACGCCGCUUGUAAUGCUGUAGGACAAAUGUCGACUGACUUCGCGCCGAUUGUGGAAAAAAAGUUUCAUGACAAAAUAAUACCUGGUCUACUAAUGGUGCUAGAUGACAAUGAGAACCCUCGAGUGCAAGCACAUGCCGGUGCAGCGCUAGUUAACUUCAGCGAAGACUGUCCAAAGAACAUCAUGACUCCUUACCUUGAUGUCAUCAUGGCAAAGCUCGAAUCUAUACUUACGGCAAAGUUCCAAGAACUGGUCGAAAAAGGCACGAAGCUCGUUUUAGAACAGGUUGUGACUACGAUCGCCUCGGUCGCCGACACGUGCGAGGAACAGUUUGUGGCCUACUACGACCGGCUGAUGCCGUGCCUAAAGUACAUUAUCCAGAAUGCAAAUCAACAAGAGCAUAAAAUGCUCAGGGGAAAGACCAUUGAAUGCGUCAGCUUGAUCGGCCUGGCGGUCGGACCAGAGAAGUUUAUCACCGACGCUAGCGAAGUGAUGGACAUGCUGCUAAAGACACAUUCGGAAGGUGAACUUCCAGACGAUGAUCCUCAGACUAGCUACCUCAUUUCCGCAUGGGCUCGGAUUUGUAAAAUUCUUGGCAAACAGUUCGAACAAUAUUUGCCGUUGGUGAUGGGCCCAGUUCUCCGCACAGCAGCGAUGAAGCCAGAGGUAGCCCUUCUGGACAAUGAAGACAUGGAAGGUGUCGAGGGAGACUUGGACUGGCAAUUUGUUUCCCUGGGGGAGCAGCAAAAUUUCGGCAUCAAGACAGCAGGUUUGGAGGACAAGGCCUCGGCUUGCGAAAUGCUUGUUUGUUAUGCCCGCGAAUUGAAGGAUGGGUUUGCCGAUUACGCCGAAGAAGUCGUCAGACUGAUGGUCCCCAUGCUCAAAUUCUACUUCCACGACGGUGUCAGAACGGCAGCCGCAGAAAGCCUGCCGUGCUUGUUGGACUGCGCCAAAAUCAAAGGACCUCAAUACCUGGAAGGUAUGUGGGCGUACAUUUGCCCUGAGUUGCUAAAGGCCAUAGACACGGAGCCCGAGUCUGAAGUUUUGUUAGAGUUGUUAUUCUCCCUAGCAAAGUGUAUAGAGACUCUGGGCGCCGGGUGUUUGGGUACGCAACAAAUGGCCGAACUCCUCAGGAUUCUUGACAAAUUGUUGAACGAACACUUUGACAGAGCCGUUGCGAGGCUGGAAAAACGCAAAGACGAAGAUUACGAUGAGAUGGUAGAAGAGCAGCUGGCCGAUGAGGACAACGAGGAUAUAUACACGCUGAGUAAAAUCGCUGACAUACUACACGCUCUCUUCACAACGCACAAGUCCGCGUUUUUCCCAUACUUCGAUCAGAUUUGUGGUCACUUCGUGAACCUCCUGGCUCCCGAACGUUCAUGGCCAGAUCAUCAGUGGGCCUUGUGCGUUUUCGACGAUGUGAUAGAGUUUGGUGGGUCAGACUGUGCCAAGUAUCAAGAGUACUUUUUGCGGCCGAUGAUACAAUACGUCUCCGACAAGUCCGCGGAGGUGAGACAGGCAGCCGCCUAUGGUUGCGGUGUGCUCGGACAGUACGGUGGUGCGGCUUUUGCCCAAGCCUGCGCCGAGGCCUUGCCGAGGUUGGUGGAGGUCAUCAACGACCCAGAGUCCAGAUCGCCGGAGAAUGUUAAUCCCACGGAAAACGCGAUUUCGGCAGUUACGAAGAUACUGAAAUACAAUAACAAGGCGAUCAACGUCGACGACAUGCUACCCCAUUGGUUGUCGUGGCUGCCGGUCGUGGAAGACGAGGAUGAGGCACCGCAUGUGUACGGCUACCUCUGCGACCUGAUAGAAAGCAAUCAUCCCGUGGUUCUGGGACUGAACAACGCAAAUUUACCCCGACUAAUCAGCUUCUUCGCCGAGGCGCUUUUUAAGGACGCGGUGCCGGCCGAAAAUCCCGUAAUGGCCAGGAUUCUCAGUAUCGUCAGACAGAUCCAGAACAACGAGACGAUGUUCCAGGCCUGCAUAAGCGCCCUGACGACGGACCAGCAGCAGGCUCUUCAUGAGGCACUCAGCGGCCAGCCGGCCAACUAGCCCCACUCCCCGUCCUCUACUUCCUCCUCCAUGUUUCGCACCGCCCGAAGACUCCGUUCGACGAAUGGAAGUCCUAGUUCGUAAGCGCUCUAUGCAGUAAACGGCAGAGACUUUAGGUAGAUAGAUUUUACUUUAUCUCGAUACCGAAACGCGUUUACCCCGGGUUAUGAACCAUUGUCGCAACCCAGAGGCAAACGCAUCGGUCGUUUGUUGUUACACACAUCAUUGGAUGACAAAUAUUUUGAUGCCAUACGAAUUUCCCCGUUGAUUUAUUGUUGUUACUCUCAUCUCACACAUAACGUUAUUCUGUCUCUUUGCGUUUUUACAAAUUUUUACCCCCUCUUAAACGAUUGUGCGAUGUCGAAACGCGGCUGUG